CACCGCUUUAAAUAUUUGAUUUUAAAAAAAAAACUCACAUAGAUCUAAUUAAAAAUGAUAAAUCACAUUUUGAAAGAAGAUUUCUUCCUAUUAAAAAGCACAAAUAAAGCGUGAUUGCUCCAUCAUCUCCCGACCAUCCCAAUUCCACAUGUGAGUAGUGGUGUUGGUGUGAGUCGUGGAGUAGAUGUCUAAAUGGGGAAAGUAAUUAUCCAAUCGUAGAAGGCGCGGCAAUUGAUUAAGACAUUGCUUUUUUGUAUACAUCGAAAAGCCCUACACAAAGCUUUCAUCUUUUUGUCUUUGCUUCAACACUCACCAUAGACACAGCUGACGGCCGAAUAGCUCUCUCUUCUUGCUUGCAGAAACAAUGGUCCCCAAUACCAAAUCCCGCUUAGUAGACCAGCCUCCUUCUGCAUCGUCCUCUGAAGAACAAGAACUGGUGGAGGAAUCCCAGGAAGAAGAAGAACAACAAUCGGGGGAGGAAGAAGGAGAAGAAAAUGAAGAACCCAAGACAGCUCAUCCAGUUGUAAAGAGAUCCCUCACUCAGAAACUCCAAUUUUCUUCUGAGUCCGGCAGCGAGAAUGGGUCAGGAUCCGAAUCGGAAGCCGAAUCGGGCCAUUCCCUGCCUUCCCCUUCUGCAUCGGACUUCACUGUCAAGCCCAGUGUUCCUGCUAAAGCUGCUGCCCCAUCGAAAUCAGUAGCAAAGAGGCCGCAAGAGGCCCAGAAAGAAAAAGGGAGGAAGAAGCCCAAGAUUGUAGAAGAAGAGGAGAAAAAAUCAGCUGCUACUCCUCGCUUUCUUUGGAGCGAUGACGACCAGCUUGCUCUGCUCAAAGGGAUUGCUGAAUACAAGGCGGUAGAAGGAAUGGAACCUAAAGCCGAUAUGUCUGCGUUUCAUGAAUUCAUCAGAGGGAAGUUGCAGGUUGAAGUUUCAAAGAGUCAACUCAGUGAAAAGCUAAAGAGGUUAAAGAAGAAAUUUUUGACUAAUGUGAAAGGUGGCGAGGAGCCAGUUUUCAUGAAGGGUCAGGAUUCUUUAGUUUUUCAGCAUUCAAAGAGGAUUUGGGGUGCCCCUGGAACUAGUAAUGGAGUUAAGGAGAUUGUUACCAAUAGCACUAAUGACAAAGCUAAAAAGGCUGUUGAGGUUAAGAUGAGUUCUGAACCUAAGAAAAGUGCUAAAGUUAGCAAACCCAAGGAUGAUGAGAAUCAUAAGGAAGCUGUAAAAGAGGUGGUUAAGGAGGAUAUAGUUAAGGGUGAUCAACAGGAUUUCCAGUCCGAAUAUCCACGAUUGGCUGCAUCAUUUGAAAGUAUGGCUGGCAUGUCUACAAUGUAUCCAAAUGGUACUAGUUUUUUGAAGGAGAACAUGAGUUUGAUUGCUACUGACAAGGCUAAAGUGUUGGAGGAGAAGUGGAAGAAACUGGAGGAUGACGAAGCUGCCUUGAUGGUGAAGCGCUUAGAUUUGAUUGCGGAGCAUUACGGAUUGGUGGUUGAUGCAAUGAGAGGUUCUUCUCUAAAUGUCAAGAGUGCAUCUGCUGUAAAUGAUGCUGAUCCUCAUAAAUCUUCCGAAGCAGACGCGGAACUGUCAAAACCUGAGAUGAAUGCAAAUGCUCAUGCACCAUUACCUCAUCCUCCAGGAAAGUCUGCACCUCCACUUCCUGGUCCUCCACCAUCUCUUCCUCCUAAACCACCUACUCCUAGCCCACCUCCACCUCCAAAAGUUCGCCCUCUUAAUCCACCAAAACCUGGUAAUUUUCCAAAGUCUUUACCUCUUCGAGCACAUCAGAGAGGAUGUUCUUCUGAGACCAGGGGAAGUGACUCAUUGGAUCUGAUGCUCCUAAAACAAAAUUAACACCAUUUUUUUGGGACCAGGUUCUUGCUAACCCUGACCACUCUAUUGUUUGGCAUGAAAUAAAAGCCGGCUCAUUCCAGUUUAAUGGGGAGAUGAUGGAUUCUUUUUUUGGAUACAUACCAGGAGACCAAGAGAAAGAUGAUUGAAAGCUACCUUAUCCUUUAAUCAAACCUCACAGUACAUUCAGAUUAUUGAUCCUAGGAAAUCACAAAAUCUAGCAAUUCUCCUCAAAGCCUUAAAUGUGGCAACAAAAGAAGUUUAUGAUGCUCUCAAGUAGGGGUGGCAAAUGGGUGGAUUGGAUCGGAUUUGGAUGGAUUGACUUAAAAUGGAUUGAUCACAAUCCACCCAUAUAAAAUAUGGGUAAAUAUGGAUUUGGUCAAAUAUGGUUUGGGCAAAAUGGUUGUAACCCACUUUAAUCUCUUAAAGCCAAAAAAUAUUAAAUCAAAGCUAAAUUGUCAAAGAGUCAACUCCGUGACAAGGUAAGGAGGUUAAAGAAGAAAUUUUUGACUAAUGUGAAAGAUGAUGAGGAACCAGUUUUCAUGAAGGGUCAGGAUUUUGUUGUUUUUGAGCAUUCAAAGAGGAUUUGGGGUGCCCCUGGAACUAGUAAUGGAGUUAAGGAGAUUGUUAGCAAUAGCACUAAUGGCAAAGCUAAAAAUACUGUUGAGGUUAAGAAUAGUUCUGAACCUAAGAAAAGUGCUAAAGUCAGCAAACCCAAGGAUGUUUGAAACAUAAGGAAGAAGAGAAACAGGUUGCUGUAACAGAGGUGGUUAAGGUGGAAAUAGUUAAGGGUGAUCGACAGGAUUUCCAGUCCGAAUAUCCACAUUUGGCUGCUUCAUUUGAAAGUAUGGCUGGCAUGUCUACAAUGUAUCCGAAUGGAAAAAGUUUUUUGAAGGAGAAGAUGAGUUUGAUUGCUACUGACAAGGCUAAAGUGUUGGAGGA